GGCGAGCGGGCGCGGGUCCGGGGCUACCGGCGCGGCGGCGCUCGCAGGGAGGACGGCGGGGCCGUGGGUGCCGCGCUGCUGGAGCAGGGGCUUGCCCGGAGCCUCGACCUGCCUCCCAAAGUGGACUGGCGGAACCUGUCCAUGGCGAAGCCGGCGCCGAACCAGGCGCGGGGGCGCGCCCGCGGAGAGGGGAGGGCGCCUGCGGCUCCUGCUGGGCCGUGGCCACGGUGUCGGCCCUGGAGGCGCACCGCGAGAUCCACGCGAAGAGGCGAGGCAAGCUGUCCGUGCAG